AUGGAGCAAUUCUUAGACGCCUCCUUGCGGGGUUGGAGGCUAGAGCUUCAGAGAACAAUCCGCGCUGAACCACGGGCGGAGUGGGAUGGCAUGGACACCAUCCAACUCCAUUGGCAAACGAACUGUUAUUGGCGCACCUUAAAGCGGUUGGGAAGCGGUGCUUUCACUUUCGGAGACGUUUUUCGGCAAGUAUGUGAAUUGGGAAAAUCUCGUCACGAGGUUCGCGCCCGGGAGCUCAAGGCACUUGCCACAUUUUCCGUCCAAGACGAGCAGAACCGGUCCAAAAUUCACAAUCAAUAUGAGCAACACUUUGUUCAGUUUCUCUGUUGGUAUGAAGAUGACAGUUACCUCUACUCCCCAGACGAGUAUUUCGCCAUGGAGUUUUUGGAGCUCGGCGAUCUCCAGCAGUUUAUCGAUAAGAAGGCGCCGUUCGAAGAAGACGAAGCAGCUACGAUCAUUCAACAGGUUGCAGAAGCAUUGCAAUUCAUGCACACCAAUGAUUUCAUCCACAGGAAUCUCAAACCUUCGGUAUAUCUCCAGCUUGUCAAGUCCCCGGAGAUGCUCGAUUUGGCAAACUACACGGCCGCGGUCGAUGUGUGGUCGCUGGGGGCUGUGGCCUUCUGUCUACGAACCGGUCAUCCUCCAUUUUCCACUUCCGAGGACUUGAAGCAUUAUCGCGCGGGUCAAAAGGACUUUCCGAGCCGUGUGCUGGGCAUAUCGACGGGGUUCUGUAUCGAUUUCAUCCUGGCGGCUAUGCACCCGCUCCCAGAAACGAGGUUGAACAUACAGCAAAUUCUAGACCAGGAGUGGCUUCACAUGCGAGAAACGCGCAGGACUUUGACGGAUUCGUCGCUAUUAAACAAGUCGCUUCCUACGCUGAGCAUGGUGAACAGGUCAACAGCCACCAGCAGGGCGCCCACACCCAAUACACAAAUCCACACCACGCGUACCUGUAUAACAUGCAACCAAUCAAACCCCGCGGAUAGCCUAGGAGUCGAGGCAAGGGACGAGAGGAUCACGAGGCAUGAUGCUGUGCGGGUGGACCAGGAGCAGCAAAGAAUAAAAGAGGAGGCAGAGGAGAGAGAGCGACAGCGACUGGCUGCCGAGUCAAUAAACAGAAAAGCGCCAGAUGGACAAAACAAGCGCCAAAGGGAGUUGGCAUUUUUCUGGAAGAAAAAGGAAGAGGAGGAGUUGAAGAGACAGGAAGAGCUGAGACGAAGACAGGAGAUAGUCAAGAGGGAGGAAGAGGCGGAAGAACUAGAGCGACAAGCGUUGUAUCGCCAAGCAGAGCUCGAGCGGGAACGAAAGCAAAAGGAGCUGGACCAAGCACGAGUGCAGCAAGAGCUUUUACAGCAACAUCAACAACAACAGCAACAGGAAAGGGAAAAGCGGGCGAGAGAAGAGCCUGAAGACGCGACAGAACAAGAACAAGAGCCCGACGCAGAGAGGAUCAAACGAGUUAAGAAAGAGCUCAAAACUACCUGCAUGGUAUGCGGCGAGAAGUUCAACCAUCGUAGGGCGCUGACUUGGCAUAUGAAUAAGUUUAGGCAUAGGAUGCCCAAGAAACAUUGGGGGUCAGGAGGAGGAGUCACUAAGAUCACGGAUCUAGAUGCUCUUCAAGUGCUUAUGUAG